AUGGCGGCGGAGCUGGGCGAGAUUGAGGAGCUCGUGGAGGAGAUCCUCAUCCGCCUCCCUAAGGACGAGCCAGGUAAUCUCCUCCGCUCCUCCCUCGUCAGUAAGCAAUGGCACGACCUCCUCGCCGCCGACGGCUUCCGUCGCCGCUACGGUGAUUUCCACCGAACACCUCCCAUGCUUGGCUUCUUCCACAUCUGGCCGGAACCCUGCGCCGAGUUCAUCCCCACGACGGAUUUCGCCGCGCCCGAUCUCGACCCCCGGCAGCACUAUUCCGUGGAAGAUUGUCGCCACGGCCGCGUCCUCGUUCGGUACAUCGAUGAGGAUACGAAUAUCCCAUUGCUGGUUGUCUGGGACCCCAUUACGGGCAGCGAAACAUUGCUUGGCAGCCUCGAGAAGAUGGGAACGGGAAGCUGGUCUGCCUCGGUGCUCUGUGCGGCGGACAACUGCCGCCAUGGUGACUGCCAAUCGGGUCCAUUCCGCGUCGUUUUCGUCUUCCUUCACCACGAAGAGGAGGUCGCUACGGCGUGCGUGUACUCAUCGGAGACGGCUAGUUGGAGCUCUCUGGCCAUCACCGACCUUGGUAUGUUUGAGGAGGAAAUCGAUUGCUGCACGCCUAGUGUACUCGCAGGAGAUGCGCUCUAUUUCCUCCUGUUCCGGGACCAGGCGUUUGAAGGUUGCAGUAUUCUCAAGUACGACUUGGGAACCUCUUGUCUGUCAGAGAUUAAUCUGUCGGAGGAGAUGCAGGAUGCCAGCAACAGUCCAAUUCUCAUCGCAUCGGACGACGGUCUGCUAGGGCUCGCAGACCUGUUCUAUUCCGACCUCUCCAUCUGGUGGAGAGAGGUGGAUCCCGAUGGAGUUGCGUCGUGGGCAGAACGCAGAGACAUCGACCUCGAGACUCUUCUUCCCGCUGGUGAUUUCAAGAUAUCACCAGACUUGGUUGGCUCCAUCGAGGGUACUGACAUCAUUUUUGCAACCACAAGUCUCGGCACCUACGAAAUUGAUCUCAAGUCACUGACAUCACCUUUGAAGAUGCUCUCCACCUGGCUGAAUCAAGAUCUGAAUGUCAAAUGGACCAUCUUACCCUACGUUAGCUUCUACUAUCCUCCAGCGGUGGCUGGUAUUGUGGAUGAAGAAUCAAGUGAAGAUGGAGAUGGCGAUGAGGAAGCAUAAGUCUCAAGCAUGGAAAUUCAGUUUGCUGUUUGUCUUGCGUUUGGUUUUCAAGUUGGAUGGAUGAUGGGAUAGUGGUGUGAGUUUGAUGGGUGAUGGAAGAGUUGUCUUGAGUCUUGUUAAUUAAUAGCCUGUCUCUAUUUUUGAUAGCCAUGCUAUGGAUGUUUUUGUUGUUCAAACCCUGAUUCCAUUUAGGCAGGGGAAAAUUAAUUGUCUUUUGUGUAAAA